AUGGAGGCUAACAAGAGGUUUGGGUAUGGCAAUGCAAGCAACAGAAUGGUGUCCCAACCUCAGGUGUCUGUUGAAUAUUGGAGGGAUAAGGAUUACUUGGUUGUGAAUGUCAGGAGUAGUGAUAGACCUAAACUAAUGUUCGACAUAGUGUGUGUACUAACUGAUUUAGAUUAUGAUGUAUUUCAUGGCUCCAUCAACACUGAUGGAUCAAUUGCAAUUCAGGAAUACUUUGUGCGGCAUAUGAAUAAGUGCACUCUCCUCAAUGAGAUGGAAAGACAAAGUUUAGUUCGAAGUUUGGCGGCGGCCGUUGAAAGGAGAAUGUCACAAGGGCUAAAGGUGGAGGUGCGCACUUUGAAUCAUCAAGGUCUUCUUUCAAACAUGAGAAGAGUAUUAAAAGAGAAUAGCCUGUCACUUGACAAGGCAUUGUUCUUCAAGGAGAAAGACAUAGCCGUUGGCACUUUCUAUAUUACCGACUCCUCGUCGUCCACCAUUGACACCAACAAUAUUGAUCAACAAAGGCUGGAGGCACUGUGCAAUGAGAUUGGCGGAGACAUCGUCUUUGAAAAGAAGAAUAAUUGUAGCAUCGAAUCGCCGGUUCGUAGAAGAAGGAAUCUAUUUUCUAUGUUCUAUACUUUGGGUAGGAGUUUGUGGUCUCAUAUCAAACGCUUCUUCAGCAAUUUUAGUUUCAUCAGAUAA